UGUGAUUGGAGAUGCAUUGAAGUUGACAGUGAUAGAGACAUGGCUGCGAUGCACUACAACACGACGAUUGUGGCCGAGGAGAUACACCACCCACGACACCGUCAUCCUUACCUCGAUGAAUCAGGUGCCUCGCCGAGCUCCGAGGAGGCGCGCUCGCCGGACGCCGCAUCGCCCCUGAGUACGAACAACCUGAAUUACAUGACAAGUGGUGAAUCCAGGAGAGACUCCUCGGACACCGACGUCAACUGCCGCCUCCUGAGUGGCUCCUACGAGUCGAGCCGAAUCGAGGGAAAAUCGUCGAGCGACGAGAGCCAUCAGCCAGCAAAACGCUUCCGUGAGGAUUCCAAUGACGAUCGGUGCUACAGCGAAACGGGUAUGUGUUCACCAGAGGGUCCUGAUGCACGUGAGCUAUCCCCAGGACGUCAACGAUCCUCCGGGAAGACGUCGUUCUGCAUCGACGCACUCCUGGGUAGAACAGCCAAGCCCAGACAGGACGACGACCCGAUCAGUGGAGAUCCUUCCCUCCCACCACCCGCCCCACGACGCACCACCGGCUCCCUGGGGAAUCCCCUGCAUCCCUUCGUACCUAGAACCGAUCGAAAUUUGCCACUUGGUGGUAAUCAGGGCUCCAGGAUGCUCCAGGCAAUCAGAGACUCCAGUGGUAUUCGGUUAUCCCAUUACGGGGGAUUUCCUCCCAAUCAGAAUGACGCGCUGCUUGAUGCCGCAAGGUUCGAGAGAAAUUCCGAAGAGAAUAUCGAGAACAUCGAGGAUGAGACUGGAACUGAUGUCGACGUCGAGGAGAUGAGGGAAGACGAAACUGGAAGGAGAACCUCCAGUGCCAGUCCAGGUAGCAAUGGCAGUCGAAGUCCGGUGUCCAGUCCACCGAUAUCACCGGGCUCCGAAGACUUGGCGACGAAUCCUCUCGGCGGAUCGGCUAUCCAGGGUAUUGGACAUCCUGGACACAGAAAUGAAGGACUGGCCUGUGUUACACCGUAUGGACUCGGCACCGGUGUCAAUGUCGCCGUCGCUAUGCGACAGAAUCAACAGGGACUUCUUCUACACUCUGGUGGACCCAUUCUUCAUCCUUCUGGGUUGUAUUAUCAUCCUGGUGGCACCACCAGUGCCUUUCACUCUAUACACAAGGAUGCACAGCAGUUGGGGCAGGCACACUCCAGGAAUGCUGGAGCUACUGGAGGCUCUGUACCUGGACAUCCACAGCAGCAGGCUCAGCAACCCCAUCACAUUCAUCCUCUGCAGCUUGAGUGGCUGGCCAGGACUGGAAUGCUCUACCCAAGACUGCCUGCUGAUUUAGCUGGAUGCGCAGCACAGCACGCCCUUCUGGGUAAAACUAGGAGACCCAGAACAGCUUUUACGUCGCAGCAGUUGUUGGAAUUGGAGAAGCAGUUUAGACAGAAUAAAUAUCUCAGUAGACCCAAGAGAUUUGAGGUCGCUACGUCACUCAUGCUCACCGAGACACAGGUGAAGAUUUGGUUUCAAAAUCGUCGGAUGAAGUGGAAGAGGAGCAAAAAGGCCCAGCAGGAGGCGCGAGGUGGUAGCAAGAGUGAGGACACGGCCCCGGGUGGAGGCUCCAGGGCAAACUCCAGCAGUGAGAGGGAAAAUGUUGGCAGCAGUGAUGACACCCGUACCCCCGCCAAUGCAACGGUAACGGGGAAUCCCCCAGGUGGCGCAACCGCACCGAGCGAUGACCGGGGAAAUUCUCAUGAUCAUCCGAGACUCAUCAACGAACUUCGUGAACCGCUGUACAGGCCUUACGUCGUCUGAACUGACGUCCCCGAUGUCGUCCUGUAAAUAUAUGAAAGAGGCGGGGUAAAAUGGGAAAUUGUGGUCCAUUUUGAUUUAGAUAGUCUAUCUCAAAAUUCAAAGAGCACCGAUGGUCUUCUUGGAAAAUUCAGUGGUCCACCUUGUCCCAUUCCCGUUUGCUAUCCCCGUUUCUAGAUAAAUUGUCAAUCAUGCACUGAUAGAAGAAUUUCGUUCGCAUCAGUCGUUUUGAAUUUUUUUUUCGUUGGAGAUGAAUGUAAAUAUUGCGGACCCCAUUUGCAGUAGAAAUUUCUAGGCAGUUGUUGGAAAGAGGAAAUCAAGGAUUUCGAUUAAUUAUCAUUUUUAUCAUGAAGUGCAUUUUAAAGUGAUUUUUAUCAAUUCGUUCAAUGAGAAAGAAUUGACGAAUGGAUUUUUGGUUCAUUGGUUUGUGGAAAUUAAUUGCUGACAGUCAUAAUUUUUUUUAAUGGAUCAUGUACUGCAAUUUAAUCGGUUUGAUAUUAUUUCAAAUAAUUAUGAUUAAUCACGAGCGAGCAAUCUGUUUUUCAGGGAAAUUAAUGAUUCUGUAAGAAUUGCUGAGUCCUGGUAAUAGCGACCCAAUUCUUCUGUCAGAACACGAGUUGGAGAGCAAAUGACUUUGUUAUCGUCUAGGUAUAGCAUUAAUUAUACAUAUUUAUGUAUUUCCCCCUGUGUAAUAUAACGUAAUUAUAAAUAAUACGAAUCUACGAACACGAGAAAAAUUGUACAUAGUAAUCGUGCGUCGAUUUAAGAUAGAACGAAAUCAAUUGUGAUGAUCGAAGAAUCUAAU